CAGAGCUCUGCAGCAAGGGAACAGAAUGAAAUUAACUCCAUUCUGUUACAAGUUUUCUUUCCUCAGGACUGGUGGACGGACAACGGGACAGUUGUCAGCACCCUCAAAAAAAUGCAAGUUUUCAGACGGGUUCCAUUUUCCUGCUAAGUUUCCUAUUGUGCCAGAUCUACACUGGCUGGGGAAGGGUUAUGAUAUGGAUUGAGCGGUUGAGCUCUGUAGAAGACAAGAACGGAUUGAGAACACGCCUCUAGACCCUGAUGGCUUUGACAAGAGACUGAGUAAACUCCAGUGUUGGAAAUACACCCUACGCACAAGGACAUUUCCUCAGAAAAUCACUGCCCCUAGACUAAUUUUCUUCUUUCUAAGGUGGAGGCUUCCUUUACUCUGAAAAGAAGAAUAGUAUACCUCAGUAGAUGAACCUUACCCUUCUGUUCAUAGGUCUUAGGGAGCUCUGCACCGAGAAUGAGGGUUUGAGUUUAUAAAACAUAAUAAUCACUCUGAUUAUCAUUUGCCUGCUUUUGACAUUACCUUUUUAAUGUUCAUCUAUCUAUCUAUCUAUCUAUCUAUCUAUCUAUCUACUAUCUAUCUAUUUGUUUUUGAGGUAAGAUCUCACUGUAUAUCACAGGAUAACCUGGAACUCAUCAUAUACCCAAGGAAGACAAACUUCUGAGUCUCCUGCCUUCAGAUAGUUAUCUGAGUAAUUGAGCACAUAAGGGAGUGGCUGUUUACGUCUGUAGUUACUUUGACUACAGAGCAAUUCAUCAGUCAGCACACUCAUAUAUGUCUGUAUGCAUAUAUGUAUAUGUAUGUGUAUGUGUGUAUGUGCACGCACUCGAGUAUACACACACACAUAAACACACACACACAUACACACACACACACACACACACACACACACACACAUUGUAGUCCAGAUUGGCUUGUAGCCUAGGGCCUCAGAUGACCUUGAACUCAAAGCAAUUCUACUGCCUCAGCAUAUCACAUGCUGAGAUUAUAGGCAUUAGAGAACACACCCUACUAAUUUUCCUACUUCAUGGCCCUUUAUUUUUACCCAACACUAUGCUGUUCUCAUAUUUGUACUGCAAACCACCUCAAGUCAUUUGUAAAAUCUGCAUACUUAAAAGAAGAAAAAAAUGAGGAAGUUCACUGAAUUCAGGGACAUAUUUUCCUCUUUGAGAAGUAUCGUAUUUUUGCCCCCAGAUACUUAUCUGUGCAACUUAGAGGUGGCUGUUCACGUCUGGUCUGUAGUUACUUUGACUAUGGAGCAAUUCAUGAAUUAUCAUGCUCACCGGUGCCCAAGAGCCCACCCUUUGACUUUUAAGCUGGAUGAAACCUCAGCCAGAACUUGAUCAUUAUUAAAUGUCAUUCACCUUCAGGAUGUCCCUGCCUUCCUGUUAGCUGCCGCCCAGUACACUUUUUUUUCCCCAUGAGGAGAUCUGGGGGUCCUUUACUCAGGAAAGCAGCAUGGUGAAGCUUCAGUUUGAGUGAGACCAUUGGGAAAAGGAAAGAUCUUAUCAACCCUCCCUCAGAACUCACCUGCUUCUCCUCUACUCACUUCCUCCGGGAGGGCUGCAUUUCUUCAACUUUAUGAGGUGUGACCCCCUAAUGUCCAGAGAGGUUGGACAGGAGCAUGUAAGGGAGUGGCAUUGCGUAGGGUCCUGAUCUACUUGCCCAAGAGCAUAUUCGUCCCCUUUGUAGUCAGUCUCAGUCAGUUUCUGGUGGCAGAAACGCAUAGUCUUUGGUCUCUGGACUGCCUGUCUUACUAGCUCAGAUGUCGGUUCUGUGUGGGAGGGAGGGAAAGCAGGAACUGUUGGCUUUCCCUCUGCAGGGGGUGUGACCCAGUGUUGGCCAGCAGAGGUAGCAACCUGGUCUGAGCGGUGAUACAUCACUGGACCUGUGGCUGCCGGUCCUGGGUCACCAGUAUUCCUUGGCAUCUCCCAACGGUGCCAGUGGUUGGGAGCCCUGGAGAAAGGCUUGGCUGUGCUGUGAAGACAGAAAUCCCAGCCUCCUGGGUGACUAGACACAGGUGUCUAUGUUCAGUCCUUAGAGGAGAGAAGGAGCUACUGGCUAUGAGUGUUGGACUGCUGUGGCUUAUCCCUCUCUUCACGCUCACUGAGGGCACCGACGGCUUCCUGCAGAAAAAUGGUGGCCACAGAACAAAAGGAGAUGUCAGUGUGGUCGAGAAAAGGCAUCGAGUCCAGGAGUAUGAGGCACUACUUCAGAUGACGUACAGAGAUGCAGAAGAGAAGAGAGAACUGAAGAGAUUUCUGAAGCUCUUGAAUUCUCAACCACCGAGCUUCCAUGGUCCCAGCAAGAUCGUCAGAGUGAAGGCCACCACGUACUGCAGAAGCCAAAAGGAGUUCCUGGAGUGUGCCUGUGAAGACAGUUAUUCAUGGUUUCCUCCCUCCUGCCUUGACCCCAGGAACUGCUACCUUCACACAACUGGACCCCUCCCAAGCUGUAGUUGUCCCCUCAAAGGCCUCAGGCAGAGCGUUAAUUUCUGUGAGAGAGCAAAGGUUUGGGGAACUUUUGAAAUUGAUGAAAAAUUUCCCGAAGACCUCUGGGAUUCAUCGUCUCAUGUAUAUGCCCACUACACAACUGGAAUUGAAAAUCAACUUAAAGAAGCAUUCAGGAGAGUCCACGGUUUUGAGUCAGUUCAGGUCACCCAAUUUCGAAAUGGAAGCAUCAUUGUUGGCUAUGAAGUGACCGGCUCCACUAGUCCUGCUGAACUCCUCUCUGUCAUUGAACAGGAGUCUGAAAAGGCACAGGUGGCCCUGAGAAGGCAGUUUCCAGUCAAAUAUGGCUCUUUUCGAGUGUUCGGGAAAGCUCAGUGUAACAGCAUCUCCUUUGGAUUCGGGCUUGAGAAUGACGAAUAUACUCUACCCUGCAGCAGUGGCUUCACUGGAAGCGUGACAGUCAAGUGCCAGGCCUCUGGGUGGCAGCUCACCAGGGAGUCCUGUGUACUCCCUCAGCUGGAAGAACUGAAGAAGGAGCUCAGUGUGAUUGCAGACGAGAUCACGGAGGCAGGUGUGGCGUCUUUGGUGCAUAAUCUUUCUGCCAUCAUUCUGCAAAGCCCAUCCACCACAGUUGGGAACCUAGGCUCAGUGGUGUCACUUCUGAGGAACGUUUCAUCCCUGUCACUGGCAAACUCUUUAGCUGUAUCCAAUUCGACACUGAAGGAUGUCAUCAACAUAGCUGAUCAUAUCUUGGAUUCAGCCUCCAUAAAGAACUGGACAAUUUUGAUACAAGAAGCAAAGGACUCCAGCUCCCAGUUGCUAGAGACGUUGGAAAACAUCAGCACUCUCAUCCCUUCCACUGCUUUGCCUCUUAGUAUUUCUCGAAAAUUCAUUGACUGGAAAGGGAUUCCAGUGACCCAAGUCCAAAGCACACAGGGCUACAACUAUCAGAUCGAAAUGAUACAACAAAAUGCCUCUCUGCCCAUCCGAGGCCAUGUGCUUAUUGAACCAGAUCAAUUUCGGAAAUCGCAUCCAAAGACUAUUAUCAGCAUGGCCUCAUUGACCUUUGGGGACAUUCUACCCAUUACUCAGAGAGGAAAUGCACAGGCCAAUGGUCCUGUGAUAUCCACACUUAUCCAAAACCAUUCCAUCAGUGAAAUUUUCCUGAACUUUUCCAAAAUAAAGGGAAACCUGAGCCAGCCUCACUGUGUGUUUUGGGAUUUUAGCUACUUGCAAUGGAGCAAUGCAGGCUGCCAACUAGUUAAUGAAACUCCAGACACAGUACUGUGCCGAUGUAGUCACCUGACCUCCUUCUCCAUGCUCAUGUCACCCUUUGUUCCCUCUUCAGCUGUCCCUGUGGUAAAAUGGAUCACAUACAUAGGGCUGGGCGUCUCCAUUGCAAGCCUAAUCUUAUGCCUGAUCAUCGAGUCUCUGUUUUGGAAGCAGACCAAAAGAAGCCAAACCUCCUACACACGCAACAUUUGCCUGGUGAACAUUGCCUUGUCACUCCUAAUUGCUGAUGUUUGGUUUAUCAUUGCUGCCACGGUGGACACCUCCGCAAGCCUGUCUGGAGUCUGUGUGGCUGCGGUGUUCUUCACUCACUUUUUCUACCUUGCCGUAUUCUUCUGGAUGCUUGUACUCGGCAUCCUGAUGGCUUAUCGGAUCAUCCUCGUGUUUCAUCACACGGCCUUGCUUACCAUGAUGGCUAUUGGCUUCUGCCUAGGCUAUGGGUGCCCUCUCCUUAUAUCCGUCAUCACCCUUGCUGUCACCCAACCUAGCAAUAACUACAAAAGGAACAAUGUGUGCUGGCUUAAUUGGUCUGACAAGAGCAAACCUCUCUUGGCAUUCGUUGUUCCUGCAUUGACUAUUGUGGCUGUGAACUUGGUUGUGGUGCUACUGGUCCUCAGGAAGCUUUGGAGGCCAGCGAUUGGAGAAAGACUCAAUCAGGAUGACAAGGCCAUUGCCAUCCGCGUGGGAAAGAGCCUUCUCGUGCUGACCCCACUGCUAGGGCUCACCUGGGGCUUUGGCAUAGGAACAAUGGCAGACAGUCAGAAUCUAGCCUGGCAUGUUCUUUUUGCUUUACUUAAUGCUUUCCAGGGAUUUUUCAUCUUCUGUUUUGGAAUUCUCUUGGAUAACAAGAUGCGGCAACUUCUGUCCAACAAGUUGACUUCAUUAAGUUCAUGGAAGCAAACAUCAAAGCAAAACUCUUCAGAUAUUGUUACCAAGCCGAAAUGCUUAAGGCCUUUCAACAUACUACAGCACAGAGGCAUGUAUGCGCUUUCUCAUACUAGAGAUUCGUCCACUGACAUCACAUUAACCCAGUUUUUAUCAACCGAAUAAAGCCACGAGUCAUCAUCAAGGGCAAAUUUUUCUUUGAGCGACAUGUUAUUUAGAGCCAGCAAAGACACACACAGAAUCAGAUGAGACUUUGUGACUUGGGAGUCCGAGGAUAAAGCUGGUUACUUUGGGGCUGGAGAGACGGCUCAGUGGCUAAGAGCACUUGAUGCUCUUGCAGAAGACCUGGACUCAGUUCCCAGCGCCCACAUGGUGGAUCACAGCCAUCUGUUCCGGGGGAUCUGUGGCCCUCUUCUGACUUCUGUGAGCACUACAGACACAUGCAGUGGGUGCACAGACAUACAUGCAGGCAAAACAUUCAUACACAAAGAAAAUAAAUCUUUUUUAAAAACCCAA